UCUCAAGGCACAUAGGCGCGGGGGAUUGUUUGCGUCUCUGCUCCACCUCUCGGUUUUCUCUUGUUGGCGUUGGGUAGACAUUAUUACCUCGGGAACUUCAACAAAAUGCGGCGGAAGGGCAGACCCAAGAGGCAGAAGCAGGGCAAGAGCACCACAGGGCGGCGUCCAGGGCGGCCUGGGCGGCCAAAGAAGCGAGCGGACCCCUAUGAGGAGGAGUCCCCCACACCCACCCCAAAGCCUGGGGCCUCCAAGCGUGUGGUGAAGACCCUGCCGCCCCCCGAGGACCCACUGCUGACCAAGAAGGAGAAGGGCGUGGUGUCGACGGUGCUGGUGGUGGACGAUGGCAUGUCCGAGGGCCUUCACAUGACCACCAGCCAGGUGACAGCGCUGGGGUCCCUGGUGUGCUGCCGGGAGUGUGGGGAGACAGUGAGAAUCGGCGUGCGGCCCACCACCAAGGGCAUGAUCUCGGAGUUCACGGUGGCGUGCACCGUCUGCGAGGACACCAAGUCCACCAACACCCCCAACCUGGUGCGAGAGCGGAAGAGGAAGCGUGAGAAGAAGGACGCGGUGCUGCAGAAGACGGAGAACAUCAACUACGCGCACGUGGCCGCCUUCCUGGACAACGGCCUGGGCUACAGCGGGCUGAGGCAUUACUGCAAGUACUUCAACGCGCGGUGCCUGAACGAGGCCACCUUCAUUGUGUAUGCCCGCCAGGUGAUCAGCGACGUGGUAUCGGACACGGAGGACAGCCUGCAGUACAGCGCCAGCAUUGUGCGCGAGGUGUUCAAGAGCCAGCUGGAAACGGACGGGCUGGUGGACAUCACCGUGGGCUUCACCACCACCUACCACCAGUGGGGCAGCGACUUCUGCCUGGUGGCCGGCGCCGUCAUCGAGCUCACCACUGGCCUCGUGCUGGACUACGAUGUGGCCAACAUGUACUGCCAUGUCUGCAAAAUCAACGCAAAGAAGAUUGUCUCCAUGUCCCCGGCAGAGAUGACGGACUGGUUCAACAAGCACCAGGACACGUGUGAGAUCCGGGAGUGGUGCGACGAGCUGGACCACGACGCGGAGGAGGGCGUGCGGGAGAUUGAGCCAAAGUACCUGGAGUGCUUCAUCGCCAAGAAGAUCUGGUCGCGCUCCAUCGACAAGUUCGGCUUCCGCUACACCACGCUGAUCCACGAGAGCGACGAGAAAAUCCACGAGGAACUGUCGCGUGUCGGCAUCUACGAGGAUGUGCCAAUCCUCAUUGACACCGCCACCUCCUGCUUCAGCCGGCGGAAGAGUGAACACGCGCGCACCUCCUUCCAGACCAAGCUGAAGGCCAAGUGUCCGCGGGAGAGAGUCCAGACCAAAGACCGCAUCCUCUACGUCUAUGCCAUGUCCAUCCCGGAGUACAACAAGUUCGCCAUCUCCUCGAACAUCAAACUCCGACAGCUAGUGAAGCAGAUGGAGGGCGGGGACGCAGAGGAGGCCCAGGACAUGAUGGAGGGCGCUGAGCAGGUGGAAGGGAUGCCGAACCAGCUACAACUGCACGAAGUAAAAGCCAUCAAACAGCUGGUGGCGGAGAAUGGGGAGGAGGAGGAGGAGGAGGAGGAAGGGGAGAAGAGAGUGAGGGAGAUUAUGCUGGACGAGGAGAGAAAGCUGGAGGAGGGAGGACAAGGCCAAGAGGUGGAUGACCCUGAGGAAGAGGAGGAGGAGGAGUAUGAGGAAGGCAUGGAGCAAGGGGAGGAUGAGGAGGAGCUGAUGGAGGUGGAAGCGGCAUUAGCACAGCAGCGGGCGGAGGAGGAGGAGCGAAGAAGACUGGAGGAUGAGUGGAAGGAUGGGGAGGAGGACGAGGAGGAGGAGGAGGAAACCCUACAGAAGAUAAGGAAGGAGGUGGAGAGAGGCGGAAGAGUGCAGCGGGAGAGGAUCGAAGAAAUUCCCUUGGCAAUGCAGAUCAAGGAGGAGAAUAAACUACAAAUUAAAGAAGAGCUAAUGGCAGGAACGCACAUGGAGGAAGAUGAGGAGGAGGAGGAGGAGGAGGAGGAAGAAGAGGAGGGUGUGGAGGGAGAUGACCAGCUAGUAGAAGAGAGGGAGGAAGAGGAAGAGUUGGAGGAGGGAGAGUAUGAUGAAGAUGAAGAAGACCUCGAACAGCUUAGACUUGAUGAUGAAGAGGAAGAGGAGGAGGAGGAGGUGGAGGAGGGGGAAAUCGUGCAAGUAGAGGAAGUGGAGAAACAGAUACAGGAAGAGGAGGAAGAGGAAGAGGAGGAGGAGGAGGAGGAGGAGAUGGAGGAGGAAGAACCACCACCACCACCACCACCACCACAAAAGCAGAUUAAGAAGCAGGAGGAGGAAGCAGGAAGCAGAACAGAGGAAAAAGCCAAAGUUGUCAAGCAGGUCGACUUGAGACAAAUAAGAAAAGAAGCAGUAACAAAGAGUCAGCAGGAGGAGGUAAGCAGAAAGAGGAAGCAGGAGGAGGAGGAGGAGGGAGGUACUGCGAAGAGGAGCAAGCAGGAGGAGAAGGAGGAGGAGGAGGGAGGCGCGGCGAAGAGGAGCAAGCAGGAGGAGGCGACAACAAAGAGCACAAAGGAAGCAGAUAAGCAGAGUAGCAAAGAGGCAGAAACUAAGCAGAAGGAGAGCAAGGAAAGUGAGAAAAGGGAGGAAGGAAAGCAGGUGGAGAGGAAAGAAGGACCAAGAGAACAGGCCGAGCAGAAGCAGAGAGCGGAGGACAAGCAGAGACCGAAGGAAGACAGAGGAAAAGAAAGCAGUGAGGAAAAGAAGACAGAGAGGAAGGAGGAAAUACAAAAGCCGGGUAGCAUGAAACCAACCGAGAAAAAGGAUGACAGACCAAAGACCGACAGCAAAAUGAGCGAAGGGAAGGACGUGAGGCUGAAAACUGACGCGAAACCGACACAGGAUAAAAAGGAGGAGAGGAAAGAGACCAAAACCACCAACCUACAGGAGACAAAGAAGAACGAAGGAAAGGAAGCGGAGAAGAGGGAAGUCACAAAACCACAGAAGGAUGACGCCACCAAAACAAGAGUUGAAGUAGUGCAAAAACAGCCGGAGAAAUCGGAGCCAAGCAAGCAGGUGGUGGUCUUGAAGAGGGCAGGGGACGGGGAAGGGAAGACUGUAGUUGUCGUUGCUGCCACUUCACCCACGAAAACAAUAAUAGCAUCGGCAGCAGCAGCAGGGGGCAAGACAGGUGACGCAAGACCCACCACCACCACCACCACCAAAGUCACCACAGGAAACACCACUACCAUCUCCACCACCACCACCUCAACCAACGCCACAGGAACGGACAAAACAUAAAAAACGGCCGCUGAGUGAGAUGUUGCGACUGUUCCGCUGCGAUGCUUUGCCGGAUGUCUGGAAGUGGCCGCAAGAAACACUUCAGCCAGGGACGGAGAAUAUUUUAUGGGUGGGAUGCUGUGUGGGGUCGGCUGCGAUUGGACGUUUCGAAAGCACAGGGUGACAAAACGAAGCAAACACAGCAGCAGCAUCAGCAUCACUCAGUCCGUUUCCGACAAUGCCUUCACCCCUCCCUAAUGCUAAGGUUCAUCACUAUCCAAAACAUUUAUCGAGAGACGGUCGGCGAGUCUUUUUUUAUCUUUCCGUUUCCACUGUGAGUUUAUCAAGCACAAGCUGAACACUACGGCCAGAUUUAGCUUCGUUAGUUGUACAUUGAAGCCAGGAUUUGUUAUAUUCUAUUUACGAAAGAGAGGAACAGAUAUGUAUUACGUUUAUAUUUAAUUUUAGCGUGAGAGGCGACGGGCAAGGGUGCGUGCGUGUGUGUGUGUUUGGCGGCCGUCCUGCUGUCAUGGGGGUGUGGUUAGCUUGCUCGUGUGGCGGUAACAUUCCUACUUGUAUAGAGAGAAUGGUCAGCAGGCAGCAGGCAGGUCAGCAGACACACCCACUAUAGCCCCUCACGGUAACUGCUCUUGAGUCUGCAAACAUCCGCAGAUUUUGGGUGUUAACUUAAAACAGCAAUUUUUUUUUAUUUUUUUUUUUUAUUUUUUUAUUUUUUUUUUUUUUUUUCCCACUCUCGAGACCAUAAAGUGAUAGGCAGCCGUAGCCGUGAGCUGCUGCCGCCAAUGAUGCUUGAACCGCCCUCCGCCGCCUGUCUCCUAGGCCACCAAACACACAUGCACACACACACAUGGCGGAGAUAUGUGCGUGUGCCUAGGGGGUAUCCACAAGGGCUAGCGUGUGUGUGCGUGUGUUACUGUGUGUACAGAAGAGGCCUGUGUGUGUGUGUGUGUGUGUGUGUGUGUGUGUGUGUGUGUGUGUGUGUGUGUGUUCACUGAAGGUGUGUGCAUACGUUCAUGGGCCUUGGAGUGCGCGCGCGUGAGUGUGUGUGUGUGUGUGUGUGUGUGUGUGUGUUGCUAUCUCUAUGCAUGAAACCGGUGUAAGAGUGUGCGUUUGUGCUGUCGUGUGUUUGCGAGGUCAAGGAUGCCAGGAUCAGUAUUUGCAUAUCAAGAAAAAAACUGGGAAUUCGAACAGAGGUAUGGAAACAAUUUUUUAUUAUUUAGUAAAGAUUAAUUAAUAUUAUUCUGACAGGCAUUCAAUUUAUAUACCUCUGCAGAAAUUUUCAGUGUGAUAAUUUUUCUUCCUGAUAUGAAUGUAAAUUGUAAUGGUGGUGUGCGUGACUUAGGGAAUGCAGCAGGACUGAGUGCGCCAAAACAUUUAUUUCUUUACUGUUCAUGUGUGUGUUUGGCGUGAUGAGAGAUGUGGCAGAUGUGCAAUUAUUAAUGUGAGCGUGUAAUGUGUGUGUGCGUGUGUGUGGUGAGGGGGGCAGGCAGGGAGGGUGUCGGGCCUUGCGAUAGUAGGUGUAGAGGCGGUGGUGUGGUCCGUAAACACUGUACAUUACACUCCCCUGUGUAUAGAUUUAUAUACAGUACCUAUCCAUUGUUACUAGUGUUAACCCACCUAUAACAGUACAUGCAGGGAGCUCUCAUUGAAGGCCAGGCUUGUGUUCCGAGAGGCUGCAUCAGGUUAAUAAUACUAAUAACCUUUCAGUUAUUUUAUUUUAUUUUCUUCACCCAUAACACAAAUAGCCAAGGAGUUCAGAUUCCGUUGAUGUGAUAUAAACGGAGUGUAAAGAUUAAUUUAAAUUUUUUACGUUGGUUUUAUUUUAAUCACUAAGGUAAUCAGAACGUGGCUAGCCAAGGUGGUCAGUUUUUAUCGCUGUAAUAAAUACGGAAAGUAAAGAUUAAGUUAAAUAUUUACAUCGUCUGCAUUUUAACACCGUGGUAACCAUUGUUUAGCCAAGGUGUUGUUCUUUCGUUAAUGUAAAAACUCGUAAAGGAAAGAAUGUGAGGGACUUCCAAGUAUUACCCUUUUCUGGAAAUGGUGAGUUUGUUCUCGUGUCCAAUGAGAGCUGCCUGUAGCGUGGGUGAUUGGCAACAGGCCGUCCCCCUCCCCCGAGCCUGGCCUUCACAAUCACCAUACUUGUACAACAGCAGAGUAUCUUUUAGGGAUUAAAGUUUCUUAUGA